AUGCUGGUGAGAAAGUUGAGGCUCGCUAUAGGCCCUGGGAAAGAGCGACUACUACUACUACUAGCCAUCUACAUGGUCGUGGAGAUGAAGAUAGGGGGUGGUCUAUUCACUUACUUAGUAUUCGGUUGGAAACCACCCCAUCCGAGAGAUUCCGAUUGGCCCGAUCGCGAAGAGCAGAGUGGAUCAUCUGAAUCUGACACUCUAUCCACUUCGCUAAUAGCCCCCCCUGGGAAUGAAACAUUGUGUCCAAUAACACUGCUCUCUCCUGAUCGAGAUAGGACCAGUACGGUCGGGGGUACAUGUCAUGGUCGUGGUUUACAGUAG